CGCCCAAUUCCUCCACCUUAUGAACACCCCCCGUCGCCACUCCAAUACUCUCAAACUCUAAUGGCCAAACCCACCAUCUUCUCCCGCUACAUUCCCGGCUCCGCGGCCCGCCUCCUCUGCUCCGCUCUCGCGGUCCUCCUAAUCCUCUCAGGCAUCAUCGCCCUCAUCCUCUACCUCAUCUACCACCCUUCCCACCCCCACUUCACCGUUCUCUCUGCCGCCAUCUUUCGCCUAACCAGCUCCUCCUCCCCCACUCCUGCCACCGCAAUCUCCACCUCCUUUCAGUUCACGAUCUCGAUCCGCAACCCCAACCACCGCUCCACCAUCCAAUACGACGGCCUCUGCAUCUACGUCUCCUACCGCGACCAACCCAUAACUCCGCCGUCAUCGCUGCCGUCGAUUUACCAGGAGUCCGACGGAACGGUGACUGUUUCUCCGGUGAUUGGAGGGGAAGCAGUCCCUGUUUCGGCGGAGGUAGAGUCUGCGUUGAUGACAGAGGAGGCUUAUGGUGUGGUGCCGCUGCGGUUGGUGAUUUCGGGUCGGGUGAAGUAUCGGCCCGGCCCGUUUAGGAGUGGGUGGGUGAAUGUGUUUGUUAAGUGUGAUGUGCUCGUUGGGUACAGGAAGGGGGUUUCUGGACAGGUGCCGUUGCUCGGACAGAAUGAGUGCGAUGUGGAUACCUAGAGGAGCGGUGGCCGGUGGCCGGAAACUUCUAUUUAUGUCUCUGCUUGUAGUGGUUAUUGAUGGUUAGGGUUGGUUUUGCUGGUAUGUUUUGAGAGUGUAAAUGAUAUAGGUUUAAGUAUGUUUAGAGCUCAUUUGGUUGUUAAACUGGAACUUAACAACAAUCAUGGUGUUUUAGUGAUUUAGUUAGAGUUCGAGGUAGAUUUCUAAAUUUUAGAAUUGUAUGUGCAACUCUUCAAAUUUAUCGCAAAAUUUUGAAUUCUAGGGUGAUUC